AGAAAUAACUCUCAGAAUGAGUUUAUAUAACCAAGAAGUUAUUUUAUUUAAGGAAUAAGGAAUCAUUCUUUGAGUAUUAUGAGGUGAUAAUUUUGGUCGGGGUGUGAUCAAAUCCAAUAAAGCCCGACGGGCUUUAUGAUACCGACCGAAAUUAUCGCCUCAUAUUAUUCAGAGAAUGAUUCCUUAUUACUUACAUUUAUAAAAUUUUAAGCAAUUGUACGAUUAAAUAUUUAAAUAUAAAUAUGCAAAUCCCGCUGGCGCCUCAAUUUGGCGUCAUUUGAAGUUAUGGGUUAUACAGUACAAAAUCGACACGUAGUGUUAUCACAGGCAAGACACUGGAAAAUGUAAAUAUUUAACGUUAUAACAUGCCAAUCAACAUUGAAGCAAAGAUAGUUAUUCUGUUGGAAAUCAACCCAUUGUCUUUUUCAUUAUUUGAGGUAAUUUAAUAGUCUGUGAAAAUGUAGUGAUAUGUACAUUGUUUACUAAUACAUGAACCUGUGGAACAUGUAAAUGACCUCUGACCCUGGUCCACUGCCCACCCCAAUACCUGGAGCUCCAGUGGCCAGUCCAGUCCCUUCCACUCACCAGUAUACACCUACCUGUUUUGUCUUUGUGAUGUUCCAUGCAUGAUCCAUAUUUGUUCAUCAUAAGACUAGUCAACAAUGCCAAGUAAGAUAAACAGCCCUAUUUCUGCUGAUGAUGCUCAAAGAAUAAAGAAGAAUUGGGGAUUUUUAAACAGAAAUCUCGACCAAAAUUCAAUAAGGCGUGAUUUCAUGGACGAAGAUGUAUGGGAUGAGCACGACUUCCAUGAAAUAGAUGCGGAGAAAACACCUCAAAAACGAAAUGAAGUUUUCUUGAAAUUACUUUUGAGAUCUGGACCAAGGGCAUAUAAGAUAUUUAUUGCAGCAUUGAAAAAGCAGAGUUUAGAUUAUAUUGUAGAAAAGCUUGAAAGUACAAAGAUCAUACAAUACACAGGGACUACAAUGCAAAGUCAGAUUGACCAACCUAUUUCUGCUGAAGAUGCACAACGAAUAGAAAAGAAUAUGAGUUUUCUAACUCAACAACUCGCUCAAGACGAAAUAAGGGAUAAUUUUAUAGAGCAACUAAUAUGGGAUGUGCCGCACUUCGAAGAAAUAGAUGGUGAAAAUACACCUCAAAAAAGGAAUGAAGUUUUUUUAAAAUUACUUUUGAGAUCUGGACCAAAGGCGUAUGAGAUAUUUAUUGCAGCAUUGAAAAAUCACAAUUCGAAUCAUAUUGUAAAAGAGCUUGUGAGUACGAAGAUCACACAAAACAAUCAGGCAGUAUUAGAUCAUUUUGCAAGUUUGACAGACGAACGGAAAACCCACGUUCUGGUGAGCACAGACCUGCUUAAAUUCAACAAAGUUGCGGGUAGUGAUAUUGAAAUAUUCGGAAAAGCCUUACAAUUAAAACAAGCCGACAUUGAUGGGAUUCGAAUGGUAAAUCCAUUGUCGGUGCCCACCCAAGUCCACCAGAUAAUUCAGAUGUGGAUGAACAAAAAUGGUAAAUUGGCAACCUUAGGACGUUUUACAAAGAAUCUGAUGGAUGCAGAGGCUGCAGGGGCUAGGAUUUAUUGGGAUGAGUUUUAUAAAGGUGUGGAACAAGUGACUUCUUUAAAAUCAUGAAGCAAUAAAAUGGUGAUAAACAAGCACGAGUGCAGGGUAACAUAUAUGCUCCAACUAUUUUUUUUAUUGCAUUGAAAAACAAUUUUGUUCCUGUUUGAAAUCACCUUCAAAUUUACUUCAGUUCAAAAGAUCUAGUGCGUUGUGUUUGAAAGUUGAAUAAAAUUAGAAAAAAAGUUGCUGAUGAAUGAGAAAUAAUUCUUUUUAUCUUUUAUGGGAAGAUCAUUACAGUCGGGCAUUCAAUCACGAUUAAAUUAAUCAUUAUGAUUGAAUUAAUCAUGUUCUGACUGUACUCCCCAUUAAAGUUGAAGAGUUAUUUCUUGUUACUUAUAUUUUUUCAAUAUUAAAAUGUAAUACUUGAAUUUAAUACACAGACAAAGAGUGAAAAAACACUGAAAAAUAUCAAUAUUUCCCUUGAACGAUUUUGUUAAAAUGCAUGCAUUAUCAUUUCAGUUUCUUUAUUUUAACCCAUUUUUUCACCUCUAUAGAAACAUGUUUUGAUUUAAAUUACAUUUUCUACAAAUUUCAAAACCGAAUUUGCUUUCUAUUAGUAGUAUAGGCCAUUUAUUUAUACUUUUAUUGAUAUUUUAAAUCAAUAGCUUAUUACAUGUAUAUAAACACUCUGCUGGAAAAAACUUUAUAGUUAUAUCUAUUAAUACAAAAUUGAUUGUAGAAAAUUUUAAAAUGAUUUCGCUACUGUUUGUAUUGUACAUGUACAGUUGUAUACAAGUGCUAAGCCCAUUUGAGUCCCCAAAAGUAUGAUUCUUAAAAGAUGCUGAUUUGAAUGGGAUUUAUCAUGUUUACCAUAUACAUAUAUUUACAAUAAUUUUGUAUUGUUUUCAAUAUUUGUUGUUCUCUUAAAAUAUGUAAACAAAUUUAGAGUAAAAAUUUGCAAUUGUACUUGUAAUUAUAAUUGUUAUAAAAUUGAGGAUUCGUUUU